AUGGAUUCGACCGCGUCCUCUUCGACCGAAGCACCGCGUGCAGCAGCACUCGCAACCCUGCGCCGAGCCGCCUCGACCCGCACAGCCGGCAGCCCUUCCCCGUCCUCACCUUCCGCCUCUCCCUCCUCCUCUCCCCGUCCUCGUCUCGCUCCACCCAGCUCCUCCACACUCUCCCCCGCCCAAUUCGUAUCGCGCCGAAGAUCCCGCUCGUUCGGCGCCUACACUCCGCCCGCAGACUUUCCCCCCUCCCUCCCAUCAAGUCUCGAACGGACUGCCUCAUUGCUGGCGCGCCAACUUGCGAUGGCUAAAUUGACGGGUACUGCGCCGCCGCCUCUACCGCCCAAGGACCUCUUUCCUUCGUUCGAUGCGCUUGCGGCGCCGGGACAGGGAGCAGGGGCGGGUGUGAUGCCGACUCUUGAGGAACUGCAACAACGCGCGAGGGCGAAACUUCUCGCGGCGCAACAAGCUGGUGCGGGACUCGUACGGAAUAACACCGUCACCUCGUCUUCGGCUCCUCUCGCGUCGGGCGAAGCAGACGGGUCGGCAUUGAAGCGCAACAAUACCGUUACUGGCGUUGGCGCAGGAAGCGCGGAGGGACUGCUCGACGCUCCCAUCGACAGGGACAAGAUUCGUGUGAACCUGAUGCGCAAGUUGUCGGCCCGGCGACUGGAAGGCCCUUCGCGUGCGAGGGCGGCAGAAGGGCUAGAUGUGGUCGGGAGGAUUGGGCGAGCGAGGCCGAGGAGCGGGAGUUGGAGUGCUGGGGGGUCGAACGGAGGAUUGGGUGCGAUCGAGAUGGCGGUUGAGCCGGAAGAGGCGAGGGGAGGACUUGCGCCGCCACUUGCAUACGGUGGACCAUUCCUCGGUGCGGUGGCUCGCGAGCACCAAGAGCGACAUCGCCUCGAUCCGCUCGACACGCAGGAAGUCGUGCGCGACUCGCAACUCACUCCGCUCGACCGGACGCCUCGGCUCGACAAUCCGACUGGCCAGACGCCCGAACGGACGCCUCAAGCGUCCUACCUCAACUCGUGGCAAUCUCAGCCUUCACACGACGAAGCAGACCUCGCCACUCCCUCCGCACAGCACUCCUCGACUCUCCAGCCCGCCUCGUACCCAACGUACCGCUCCACCCCCUCCUCCUCAACCGACUCAGCCACCUCCGCCUCCUCAACCGACUCUUCCGCCCUCCGUGCCGCACGCGCCGCCACGUCCCGCCCCGCCUUCCUCCCCUCAUUCGGCAUCGCAGCCGUCGAAGGUCGAGGGAUGGAGGCAGAAGAAGACGACGAGGCUGUCGCGGCUGCUGCGGCCCGCAAACGAGGAUCGAGCGCUUCGAGUAGUGUUGCGGCGCAGGGUGGGUGGGGGAGGUGGAGAGGAAGUGAUGCGACGACUGCGCUGCCGUCGCUCGGUGCGACAGACCCGAAUCGGCGACCCAGCGUGUUGGCAACCGGCAUCGGACUCGGCGUAGGCGGGCUGUCGUCUCCCACGUCACCGGGCUCGUCGACCGCUGCGCUGAGGAAGGGCAGCACGGCGUCGUCGAGUCGGAUGCGGAUGACCAGCAGCACAGGCUCGGACGAUUCACGCGCCGCAACGAGGACCCGACCGCCCUCGUCUGGGUCCGCAACGAGCUCGAGACCUGAACGAGUUGAGGAGGAGGACCGCGCUGAGAGCGAGGCGGAGGAGGAGAAGGCAAGGGGUUUCCCGCCGCCUGUCUUGGGGUACCAGUUCCCGAGCCCGGUUGCGAGCCCGAGGGAGUCGCAGGUUGCGCCGGCGGAGCAGGCGUCGAGUGAGGUGAAGGGACCGGCGGAGAGUCCUCAGCAACUCUUCCGACACCUCGCCUCGACAAGCAAAGCACCCUCCGCUGCUACGCCGACCAUCGCAGUGCCUUCGCCAUCUCUCAGCGCUCGAAAGGGCAACGGAUUGCAGUUCUCGCUCGCCAACUACCAGCCUUUCUCGCCGAACAACCACCUCACCGCCUCGCCCCUCUUGCCCGAUCCGAUCUCGCCUACUUCCGUCAUUCCAGACCCGAUGGCUGCGCUUACCUUCCCGUCUUCGUCGCCGCCCAAGCCUGGUCCGACCAAGUCGCCGCAUGUCAACGGUACCGCGACAUCGCCACGGACACACCUCGACCCGCCUGCGACAAGCCAGGGGAUGAGCAAGUCGCCCUCGACCGACUCGAACAUGUCCUUCCACUCGGCUGGUGCGAGCAGCUAUCACUCGCCCGUCAUGAUGCGGCGGGACUUGUCGAACUCGUCUCUCGCCCACGACCCGUUCCCGACUCAGCCGCGCGUUCCUCGCCUCCCAGCCGACCAGCUUCCCUCGAAUCGCAUCCUCGCCCAACUCGACUCGAUACUCGGUGACGAAGCGCUCGCCUCGACGGACCCAAGCCCGCUGGACUCGCCGCCUCGCAAGCUCUCGCUCCAAGCCUCAGUCUUGCAGGUCGUCAAUGCCAACACUGUCAAGGAUCGGCACCUCUUCCUCUUCAACGACAUGCUUGUCAUCGCCAAGCCGCUCAUCCAGCACGAUGCGGACACGGGCGACCCGGUCCUCCCGUCGCUCGACAGCCACUUCCUCACGAAGAGCGUCGUCGAGUGCAAGCGGCUCAAGAUUGCUGCGGCGGAGGAACCCGUCGACGAGGGAUCCUCUUCGUCGAGCAAGAAGCGGCAUCCCCUCUUGCUCGCGUUCGUCGACCGCUUCGCCAACGAUCCGGCUCGCGCGAUCGCCUCGCUGGUACAGAAAGGCGGCCUCGCAAACGACGGUCCGACCAUCGCCAACCUGCUCUUCCGCAACACCGACCUCAACCGGAACCAACUAGGCGUCUACCUUGCCAACCCGAACCACCGUUCCGUACUUCGUGCCUACACCGAGCGGUUCCGCUUCGCCGGCGUGCGGAUCGACGAUGCGAUUCGGCUGUUCCUCAUGAGCGUGCGGCUGCCGUACGACGUCAAGGCCGCCGAGUACGUGCUCGGCGUCGUCGCCUCGAUUUGGGCGGAAGCGAACCCGGCGAGCGGCUUCGACCCGGCCGUCACACUCAGCCUCGUCAUGGCGCUCUUACGGCUCAGCGAUGCGCUGCACGGUACGGAUGGACCAGACGGGCGCUUCUUCAACGCUCCCAAGCCGCAAGUUCCUCCCAAUGUCGACCAGUUCAUCGAAGCGUUCCGCGAAGCCGACCCGCGGUCAGUCGUGUCGGAAGACUUGCUCAGCCGCGUCUACACCUCGGUCCGGCGCGAGCGUAUCGAGCACGCCUCGGACAACUCGAUCUUCAGCAUGACGCCCGAUAUUGAGGCAAUUAUUGAGCCUGCCAAGCUGCCGACCCAGCUCAUCUACCGCGUCCCGUCCGAGACGUUCACGAUUACCAUCCCCCAGCCAGACCCGAGGUUCACGAUCAAGCUUCACGGCAAUGACUUGCAGUUCGACCCGCCCGUCUUGUCGUUCGCCCGGAGCAAUAAGCAGUCGUUCCGUGUUACCGGGACGGCGCUUGGCGUAAGGGUCAUGGUCCUGAUCAAGCGUGGCGCGAACGCUCCGAGGUACCAGGGCUUGCCGCUCAACAAGGCCUUCUCCAUCGAGCGCGCCUUCAUGCAGCAUAUCUUCCAGCUGUCCUUCACCAACCACCUCGACGUCAAGCGCAAGUACAUGUUCUCGUGCACGUCGACCGAGGAGCGCGCGCAGUGGAUCCGCGUCCUCCGCGACCGCAUCGCCGCGACUGCCGGCGUUCCCUCACCGCCUCAUGACACCGCCGCAACCGCCGCACAGACAGUCGCCGUACAAGUUCUCCGCGACUCGCUCCUCCCGCCCGACGAGCCGGUUCCACUCCCUCCUGCCGCUCCUUCGCCGCGCCCGAACCUCGCAGCCCCGCGGCUCGGUCCGCCCGGCACACCCGGCAGCCAACUCGCGCGGUCCAACUCGGUCAGCAAGCUCUACGCCGUGCAAUACCGGCAGGAGAACGAAAGCUCGCCUGCUUCGUCGUUGCCGGGCUAUGGGGGAGGCUCGUUCUCCGGCUCGACAGGGGAGAGGCAGCGCGUUGGAUCGCUUACGCCUGCUGCGGCUGCAGCUGCCGCGGCGGCGAAGAUGCAGGCUGCUGCGCAGUUGAAGGACGAGGUGGCGGAGGCCAAGGCGCAGCAUGGGUCGUUCGUCAAGACGGGUCACGAGCUCGUCACGACCACCGAGCAGAACAGCUUGCUUCCCGUCGUCCUGGCUUUCUUGAACGCCGGUCUCGAGGCCGCCCCUCACCCGCUCUCCCUCCAAGGCUCCGCCUUCCAACUCCCUCCCCUCCCCGCCACCUCCUCAUCCUCCGACUACCCUGCUCACCCCUUCCCCUCCCUCUAUGCGCCCUAG